AUGAGCUACAACACACACCACUCACGUACAUCAACAACAUCAACAACAGCAUCAGCUGAGUUGUCAUCGCCGCCGCAACAGAAACAGAAACAGCAACAACAGCAGCAGCAGCAGCAGCAACAGAAGUCGCUGCGGAAACAGAAGCAGCAUCAACAACAACAACAGCAGCAACAGCAUCAACAGACAACUGAUCAACAACAAGAUGAUAAUGAAAACGAAAACACAAUGCAUGAAGGUGAAGAUCAGGUGGAGACACCUACUGAGGCAACAAUGACAAGGCUAGGACCUAAAUCACUUGCUGUGGUGGGUGUGGUCGAAUCGGCUGCAUGCCUCAUUGAAUCGUCGAUCGUAAUGUUGUUCAUUCAAUCGACAUGGCAGGCUAUUGUAAACGUUGUCCGGACUGGCUUGGGCGUGUCUUUGCCAGGCCAGGUGGAUCUCGCAGUGUUGCCAGCGACACUAAUCACGCACACAUUAUACAUGCUCAAGCGAUACAAGUAUCUAUUCCAGAAUGUGUCGCCGCCACUGCGGCCUUGGUUCGGAAUGUCCGGUUCGGACAGACAACAGCGCCGGAUCGUAAACAAUGAGGCACUGAUGUUCAUGGCAUGCAUGCUGGGUCUCUUCAUUGCAUCGCUCGUGCAACAGUAUGCCACGGGACAAUUCAUAUUCAACAUGGACAACAUCUACACCGUGUCCACAUUCAACAAGAGCAUCAACUACUUCAGCCUGGUUUCGAUACUCAUCUUUGCGCCCAUCUCUGAAGAGUUAAUCUUUCGUGGAUUCAUACUCUAUAUCCUCCGACGAAGAAGUGACAAUGUCAAGUUCUGCGUAAUCACUUCCAACAUAAUCUUUGGACUCUUCCAUCUUGUCAAUUUGGGCGGAGGUAUAUCAUUCUAUUAUAUCUUAUUACAGAUCACAAUGGGAGUUUUGUUUGGAAUCAAUCUUAGUUUGUUCUUCCUUCAGACUGGUACUCUGGCAACACCUAUACUGAUACAUAUAUUCAACAACUCACUAUCAAUAUUCCUUCCAACAACAACUACUAACUUUGCCAAUAUUAUCAUUCUUCCAUACCUUACAUUGGAAGUGUUGAUGACUAUUGGAUUCUAUCGUCGUGGUAUUUCCAGACUUGGUCGUCAUUGA